AUGGCCGCCUCCGCCCCCGCCGCUACCGCUGCAACACCCUCGCUCUCCACCACCCUCCGCCGCCUCCACUCGGCCGACCACUCGCUUGCUGCUCGCAUCCUGUCCAUCGCCGCAGACGCCGACUGGGUGGCCGCUGUGGCAGAACUCGCCCCACACGGCACGCCGGUCUUUGCCAACCUCCGCUGCGGCGCCUGGUACGCGCCGCAGGGCGCGCCGACAUGCUACUUCAAGUCAACCGACGGCCACACUGGCCAGUGGGCCUUCUCACUCCGGAGGCUCAAUGCCCACGUCGCCAUCGAGGCCGCUGCCGCCGGCGCUGCCCUCAUCGUCGACGCCACACGCCGCGGCAAGCCACUACCUGACGCUCUCUCCAAAACCGUCCCGCUCUGGGCCGCCGUCCUCAAUCGCGCCGCCGGCUGGGAUCCUGCCGCCAACUCCCACGCCGCUCUCCACACGCCGCCAGCUAUUCCGGCAUCCGAGGCCCACGACAUGGCCGCCUGUGUCGCGCCGGCCGCCGAUGCCCUUGCCGCCGCCGCCGACCUCUCGCAACUCACAACCGCCCUCGCGCACAAGCCGCUGCGAGUUCUUUGGGUUGCUCAGACACACCGCAACCUCUCCGAGUGGCCCGCUCUCACCCAUCCAGCCACCCUCCCGUUCAUCCCCAUCAUCUGCGUCUCGGCCUCUGCGCCCCGCGAAGAGUUGCGGGCUACGGCGCUGACGCCGAGCUCGCUCUCGUUCUCCACCACCUACACUUUUAUCCAAGGUGCCGCCGACGACGAAGAGCUCUGGGCCCCGCCCGGACUCAACGCCGAGUCGUUCCAUGCCCGGCUCCCAGCCCUCCCUAAUGCCCGCUCGCUCGACGAGAUCGCUACCCUCUUUGCGGCUCCACUUGGACGGCUUGCCGUUUUUAAGAUCGAGCCGACCGCCUCGCCGCUGACUGCGGCCGCCAUGCAUAUCGCACGCACCUCGGAUUUGCCACAGGAGCUCUGGCCUGCUCUCGAGGCUGAGACCCCAGGCUUGCUCGUCGUCAAUGUAUCGGACGAGCUCGCGCCUGGUGAACUACAGUUUGCAAAUCCUGACUGCGAUGGGCAUCCGCCGCCGGGGUGGCUCUUCCUGAACGUGCCUGUGGGCAAGAAGCACCGCUACGCUCUCGAGCGCGCCAUCCCGCGACUGCUCGACUCGCUUGCUGCUGCCACCGCCCACGAUCCUCCGCUCCGCCUCCUCUUCCACUGCCCAGACGGCCACGACCGAUCUGCUGCCGCCGCGCUUGCCGCGCUUGUUGCCCUCAAGCAUGGCCUUGCUGGUGUUUCCAAAACCACCAUCCGCGACACCUACGUUGAGCUCACCCAGCUGUUCCCCUCGGCCCGCGUCGCCCGUGCACACAUGAAGCAGGUCAAUCGCGCCUUCACUUCGCAGUACGACCAGCAUGCGUAGUUCCUAACACCUGCUUACUUUAUGUAAAGCAUCGCCGGGCCAGGAGCAUCAAGGCGAAGCAAACUACUCGUCUGCC